ACAUACUUGUACAUGACGACUAAUUGGAUGAUUGUUGAAUGAAUUGGUAUGUGUGCACACGAUCAAUUUUUUAACAAAGAAAUUCUCAUAUUUAGACUUUUGAUUGUCGUUCCCAACAUUAUUAAUAUAUUCUUUUGUUUGCAAACAAUCAAUUGAUAAAUCCUUUUUAACUGUUUCCGAUUGUUCAAUUCACCAAUCCAUCAAUCAAUCCAUCCAUCAAUCAACUCCUUAGCUUUGCCUCGGUAGCAAUUGGUUAGCCUCUGCGUCAUUUGAGUAAAGGUACUUCUAGGAUAUCACGAACGCGGGGAGAAAAAUCAACAAACGUUUCAAAAGGGUCUAUUAUACCAUCAACGGCAGCUAAUGCUGAACGGGAGUAAUCGAUAAGUGAAGGGGUUACGAUCAUAUCUUAGGGGCCCUAGGGCCAAAAGGAAUUACACAAGAUGUCAUGGAAGACGAGUGAGAUGUUGAUGGAUACCAUCAAACAUUACUCACACUUCCCCGCUACGGGAGUGAGUUUGAGGCAGAUGGUACAAUUCGGGGAGAGACCAUCUACAGGUAUGUCUGGGAGUACAUGUUGCGGGUUUCAGAGGUUCUGUCAUUGUUCCAUACUGAUCAAGCACUACUUCACACAUAGGUACCCUUUUCCGGGCAUCACAAUUUCUCUCUGAAGAACUUCCCAUACGACUUGCGCAUCGUGUACAGGAGCUGUCAGAUUUACCAGAUGGACUUAAUGAGAUGCCCUCGAUUCAAAAAGUGAAGGAAUGGUAUGCACAGUCAUUUGAGGUAUGACUCUUCUCUCUCACACAAAAGGAAACGUUGGCGUGAAUUGACAUGUGAAAGGAAAUUACCACACUUCCUCGGCCACAAUUAUCAUCAGAUGUCAAAGAAAGACUCAUGAAGCCUGCGAAAAUAAAUGGGAAAACAUCCAAGAUUUUGACAGAAGCCACACAAAACCCGAGUGUGACGAGGGGACAGUAUAGCUCUAAUGGGAACGGAAAAGAAUCAAAGUCAGCAUCAGCAAGAAGAUAUUUUGCUACAGUAGAAGAUAGUACGGAUUGGCCUCCAGAACUUCACGAUUAUAAUCAAAGAUUCGCACAAACCCUUAACCAUAUAAAAAGGCGGCAUGAUGGAGUGGUUACAACCGUUGCGCAGGGAAUUCUCGAAUACAAGCGGAAGCGGCAACGUAUGCAAAUUGAUAAUAACAUACAGUCCUUUCUUGAUCGUUUCUACAUGUCCCGUAUUGGCAUAAGAAUGCUCAUUGGACAACAUAUAGCACUCACAGAUCAAAGUCACGAUAAAGAUCCUAAUUACGUAGGUAUUAUAUGCACGAAAACCAAUGUUCGAGAUCUCGCCGAAGAAGCAAUCGAAAAUGCAAGAUUUGUUUGCGAAGAUCACUAUGGGCUUUUCGAUGCGCCCAAGAUCCAACUAGUGUGUCCUUCAGACCUUCAUUUCAUGUAUGUACCAGGUCAUCUUUCACACAUGCUUUUCGAAACUCUCAAAAACUCCCUUCGAGCUGUCGUCGAAACACAUGGACAGGAUAAACAGGACUUUCCAAUCACGAAAGUCGUGGUGGCGGAAGGGAGAGAGGAUAUUACCAUCAAAAUCUCGGAUGAAGGUGGCGGAAUACCUAGAAGUGCUAUACCUUUAGUUUGGACUUAUAUGUAUACUACCGUGGACCGUACACCCAGUCUAGAUCCAGAUUUUGAUAAGAGUGAUUUCAAAGCACCAAUGGCAGGAUUUGGUUAUGGUCUACCAAUUUCAAGAUUAUAUGCUAGAUAUUUUGGAGGAGAUUUGAAGUUGAUUAGUAUGGAGGGGUAGGUCUUCUGAGUUUUUUAUAUUCUCUCUCCUCGCGCAAGCAUGGAAUAAGCUAACAAAGUUUCCUACAAAAAGAUACGGAACAGACGUAUACCUUCACCUAAACCGACUUUCAUCGAGUUCGGAGCCUCUUCAAUAACAAUUAGCAGUCAUGAGGGAUACAUCAAAAUCACAAUCCCGUCCCGAUAUCGGUGGAACGCGGAUAGGGAGUGAAGACGGAUUAUCCCGAGGAUUGACGCUGGGUCUAGGACAUAAACAAAUGAAUUUAAAAUUAGGCAAUGGAAAAGGAAAAGCCGGAAUGGGAAUGGGAAUGCGGGAAGUCUCGGAGCGAAAACAGGUCGGCGAUGCGGAAAGUAUGAUUAAUGAAGGUAGAGGGGGUAGUGGAAUGGAAGGUGUUUUUAUGGGUGAAGGUGGUGAGGUUUAGAGUGAAGAAUAAAUGGAAUGAAGUGAAAAGAAAAGAAAUUAUCUGGUCUUAGAGGAUGAAAUGAUUGGCGCUGUAGAUGGGGUUGAAGGAUUCAGAACAAAAUAUGACAAAAUUGCGGCGACGCUAGAUUAUUUGGUCGUAGGUGUGAAUGAUGGUUUGGUUGGGUUGGGUUGGUUUGUUAGGCGGGGGAGGGGUAAAGGGGGUAAACUAGAUAAUUGAAUAAGUAGAUAGUGUA